CUAAAUUACCACUCUUAAGGCUAGGCGGCUAGCUUAUUAGCUUUAAUCCUAUAAUCUCAACAGUUAGGGUCAGUUCGUUUGACUGUCCGAGCUGGCUUCUCCUGAAUUUAGUUUUGAACAGAACCCCGCAUGGUCGACAAGAGACCCAAUCAGAAUGAGCGUAAAGAACAACAUCACUAUGAAAAGCACUUAUCUAAGUGUGUCAGACAUGGUCUACAUGCUUUAAGUGUUUGAAUAGGAAUUUAAAGCAUUACACGUAAGGCUCGUUGGUGUUCAGAUUUGUAAUGUGUCUAAACAUUUUUUUAAAAAAAGAACUCAGCCCCUGAUUAGCAUGUCCAGACUCUGAUCCGGAUACAGGGCUCUGUUAUGCACAGCAUCCAACAAAAAGUGAGCACACCCCUCACAUCACAUGUUCGUAAAUAUUAUAUCUUUAUCAAGGGACAAUACUGAAUAUACUUGAGACAAUGUAAGGCAGUCAAUUUGUAUAAUAAUGUAAAUUUGUUAUUCCCUAGCCAUUAAUGUCUAAACCCCUCGUGUUACAAGCUCUGAGGUGUGAAUGGAGUCGCAGGCGUGUUGCGUGUCAGAGGUUUACCUUCCGGUUGGACGACAGAGCUACAAUCGAGGGGAUCAACAUGCAUCGUUAGAAUGGACCAGUUAAAGUCCAGACUUAAUCCAUGGCAAGAUUUGAAAAUUGACGUUCUGAUCCAUCCAGUCUGCCUGGAUCAGUCAGAUCUGAUCCAUCUCACCAGAUCUGGAACACCAGAAUAAUUAACCCUGCUCAUGGUGAGAAAGAUGGCUAAAGAUCAGAGGCACAACAGAGUAGAAACAUUCGUGCUGGCUGGAUCGAAUGGUCACAAUGGCCAGCAGUGGCAGACCGACGGCAACAACUCGAGGCCACCCCACCCUGCCACGGCCAACCACGUCUCUAGGAUGGCCCGCGUCGCCUCCGACGUCAGACACAAGUGUGCGGCGUACGUGCUGGCACUGAGGCCGUGGAGCUUCAGCGCCUCGCUCAUACCCGUGGCCCUCGGCAGUGCCUUGGCGUACAAGCUGGACGGCUCUGUGGACCUGGUGGUCCUGAUGGUGUGCGCCGUGGCCGUCCUCGUGGUCCAUGGCGCCGGGAAUCUUGUGAACACCUACUACGACUUCUCCAAAGGAAUUGACCACAAGAAGAGCGACGACAGGACUCUCGUCGAUAAAAUUCUGGCACCACAGGACGUCGUCAUGUUCGGUGCUUUGCUGUAUUCCUUGGGGUGCCUGUGCGCCACUUUCCUCUACUUCCUGUCGACGCUGAAGCUGGAGCACCUCGCUCUUAUUUACUUUGGGGGUCUUUCCAGCUCUUUUUUAUACACUGGAGGUAUCGGCCUCAAGUACGUUGCCCUGGGAGACAUAGUGAUCCUCAUCACCUUCGGCCCCUUGGCGGUGAUGUUCGCCCACGCCGUGCAGGUGGGCUACCUGUCGGUGCUGCCGCUGGUCUACGCCGUCCCUCUGGCCCUCAACACAGAAGCCAUCCUCCACAGCAACAACACAAGAGACAUGGACUCGGACAAGCAAGCCGGCAUCGUCACGCUGGCCAUCCUCAUAGGCCCCACGCUGUCUUACGUCCUCUACAAUCUCCUGCUCUUCGUCCCGUACGUGCUGUUUUGCAUCCUCGCCACCCGGUACACCAUCAGCAUGGCUCUGCCGCUGCUCACGCUGCCGAUGGCCUUCCCUCUGGAGAAGCAGUUCAGGAGUCGUUGCUACGCCAAGAUCCCCCAAAAAACUGCUAAGCUCAACCUCCUCAUGGGACUCUUCUACGUUUUUGGGAUCAUUCUGGCGCCUCCUGGCAGCUUGCCGCUACUGUGAUCCUUUAGGUUCGACGCAUAUAAACUCUUGUUUAUUAUUCACUAGUUUAUAGUACCUCUUUUUAUUUAAAAAAAAAAAAUCUAAAGGCUUGUGCUGGCUUUAAUUUAUUCUCUAAUUUGUAAGCUCAGAUGUUUAGCUCAAUGACAAAACAAAGCAGGUUUCUGACAGUAUUAAACCAUCUUUAAUCUGUUAAGAGAAAGGCAAACCUGCAGCUGCCAGAUUUGUAGUAGAGUACUUGAUAUCAGCACAAAUAUAGUAAACCAUAAUCCUCAACAUUAUGCUUUUUUUUUGUUUUCAUGGUAUUCAGAGUUCAUUUGGUGUUUGUGAUUUUUAUUUCUCAAGAGCCAAAUAAUUUGAGGUCACUGUAAUAAAACUCACUUGUGCUGAUGUCCAAAGUCUCCGUUUUCGGUCAAAAGAUGCUAAAUUGAGAACUGACACUUUGGGAAUUGCAGUAAAAUCAAAUGUAAAGC